AUGGCGAGCCUGACGGUGCCGCCGGUGCCGACGUGGCCACGGCAGGACGCGAUCGACCUCCACAAGGCGUUCCAAGGGUUCGGGUGCGACAGCACGACGGUGAUAAGCAUCCUGGCGCACCGCGACGCGGCGCAGCGCGCGGCGAUCAGCCAGGAGUACCGCGCCGUGUUCAACCAGGACCUUGCCCGUCGCAUCGCGUCGGAGCUGAGCGGCAACCACAAGCGCGCCAUGCUGCUGUGGGUCCUGGACCCGGCAACGCGCGACGCCACCAUCCUGAAGCAGGCCCUGACGGGCGACGUCACCGACCUGCGAGCCGCCACGGAGGUGGUCUGCUCCCGGGCGCCGUCGCAGCUGCGGGUCGUGCGCCAGGCGUACCGCGCCAGGUUCGGCUGCCACGUCGAGCACGACUUGACCGAGCGGACCUCCGGCGACCACCAGCGGCUCCUGCUCGCGUACCUGGCCGUCCCGCUCGCCGAGGGCGGCCCCGGCGAGGUGGUGGACCCGGCGGCGGUGGCGCUGGACGCGCGCGACCUCUACAGGGCCGGCGAGCGGCGGCUGGGGACGGACGAGCGCGCCUUCAUCCGCGUCUUCAGCGAGCGGAGCUGGGCGCACAUGGCGGCCGUGGCGCGCGCGUACCACCACAUGUACGACCGAUCCCUGGAAAGCGCCGUCAAGAGCGAGACGUCGGGCAACUUUUGCUUCGGCCUCCUCACCGUGCUGCGAUGCGCCGACAGCCCCGCCAGGUACUUCGCCAGGGUGCUGCACAAGGCCAUGAAGGGGCUGGGCACCUCGGACUCGGCGCUCAUCCGGGUCGUCGUCAGCAGGGCCGAGAUCGACAUGCAGUUCAUCAAGGCGGAGUACCACCGGAUGUACAAGCGAUCGCUCGCCGACGCCAUCCACGCCGAGACGUCCGGCCACUACCGCACCUUCCUCCUCUCCCUCGUCGGCCGCGACCGCACCUACUGA